AUGCAACCUUCAAGUCCCGACGAAGAUCGCUUACAGAUCCGUAAGCUUGCUCGUAAAGAGGCCAACAAAGCUUAUCUCCACGAACUCUCGGCGUGCCUCGACGACACCGCGCAGCGCAUGGCUUUGGACGUUCGGAUAUCGUUCGCCGAAGCGCGUGCUCAGCUUCUCGCAGAUCUCUAUGCGGAGAAUCCUCUCCGACCCAAGCGCGCAGUCUCGGCAUGGAAUCAUUUUGUCAGCAUAGCAUCAAAAACAGCGCUGCCGUCUCAAGCCGCGCUCGAAGAUGCUGGUGAGGCUUCAGAUUCCGAAACGGAGCGUAGGUCCACGCCAGCCCUCGGACUUGAGCCCACUUGCAAAAGCUCGCGGCUUGCUGACUUCACCGAAUGACGAUCGCCGCAUUACGAUGUUCCUCGACGUGAAUCCACCAGCCGCUCCUCGACCUAAGAAGCGCUCGCUGCCCGAGGUGUCGCAGGCGGCGAGCAAGGAUUAUGCCCGAAUGACCGAAGAUCAGAGGGAGGAGCUAAGGAAGGAAGCCGAUCAGACCGUGAACGAUGCAGCAGGUGAGGCGAUCGUCAAGAGGAAACAUGCGAAACGUAUCCCCGAGAUGAAAACGAUUGGACGAAGGGUACGCAUGAGUUCUUGGCGUGCAGUGUCGAAUGCGUCUCGCGAUGACUUUCGCUCGCCCGAUAUGUGUCAUUGACAUGCGAUUUUUUUUACUUCAACACCCCCUUUCUAGCUCCAUCAGCUGUCGAAACUACAUGGGGUCAAAUUCAUCCUCGUGUAUGCAUCAUACGAUUGGGGCGAAAAGGCACUCGUCGGGCACAGCCAAUCAAUAUUGCCGCAUGGCCGCACUUGAAUUGCAAUCACUGUGUAUGGGUUUAGAAGGAUUCAUAUCGCUUCAUGGUGAGUUAUAUAAUAGUGUAUGCUUUGUAAUUGCCUACAUUGCGUCAAAUUCUUGUCAAUUUACGCGUUUGCUAUCAGCUGCCCCGCCCAUGUUUGUGCCUUUUCAAUGGCAGACAGGCUUGGGAGGCAACAAUCGAGAUCGAGCAAGAGUCUGGUUGGGUGAUUAUCUGGACGCUAGCCUCAGUAAGCGGCUACCUUUCGCACCGUGUAUGUGGUGUGUGACUGCGGCAGUCAUGCUGAAAGAUCUCCCACUUGGGAUCGGGUAUGGCCGAUCUUGCAGGGCACGCGAGCGCUGGAAGGGUGGCAAGCAUGGCUGCCGUCAACGCAUGGACGACGUCUGGCGUAG